GGACCCGAAUGGGGAUCCUCAAACUGAAUCAAGCUAAUAAAACCUAUAAUUCUCGAGUUCUUGUUCUUUAAUUUUCUUUCGAUCCACUUUUCUGAAUCGGAUCAUUUGGUGGAUUUAUUGUCCAUCAAAUUGGUGCUCUCAUUGAGAGCUCAAGAGAUAUACUCAAGAAAAAUCCUUCCAGAAAACAAUGGUGCAAACCCGUAGUAAUGCAAAUCAAGUCACCGAAAAUCCCCCUCAGGGCGAAACUAGCGCCACCGGUGGACGUCACCCUCACAUUAACGUGACAGAGGCAGAGGCCCUCAUCCAGCGAGUCGAGAUUACUGCUGAACAGCUCAGGGAGGUUUUGGCGGUCCUAGCCCCGAACCACGAGAAGGCGACCAAGCCUAACGGGAAGGCUAGGGUGGAGGAUGAUCUGUCCAGAUUGGACGAGGAGGAUGAAUCAUCCUCCUUCGAGCGGGCAUCUGCCUUCGAUCGGCUGGGGGAUCCCAAGGAGAAGAAGCCCCAAACCUCCGCGUUUGAUCGGCUACAGGAUACUCGGUCGGCUCGGAAGGGCGACCUGAGGGAGAAACUCAAGGAAAGGAGGGAGGAGUCCUCAGCGACAUCCAAAGCCGGCUCGGAAGAGCGACGUAAGGCGAUGGAGGACAAGGAGGCGAUCGAGUUAUGGAGGAUGUACGACCAUCUGGAGAAGCGAUUGGACGCCCAAAAUCCCUACCGUCAGGCGGUUUUCAGUGAGGUAACCCCUUCUCCAAGAGGGUGAUGUGUUGCCCUCUCCUUGCUAACUUUAAGACCCCCU